UAAUACUAUUACAGAACUGCAUGCCUUUUGAUCAUUCCAUAUAUAUACUAACUUAAUAACUUAUAAAUACAAAGUAUUGAGGAAGGUCGGAUUCUCAAAUCACUUAUUGUAAUAAGAGAUGUACAUGAUAACAAUCUCUCUAUGCUUCACCAGUUUCUUAGCGUUUCUCUUCCUAAAACGAACCACCACCACCACCAAACUUAACCAACCACCCUCUCCAUGGCGGCUUCCGGUGAUUGGAAACCUCCACCAGGUCAGCCUCCACCCUCACCGCGCCUUUCGUUCCCUCAGCCUCCGCUAUGGUCCGCUCAUGCUCCUUCACUUCGGUCGUGUCCCUACCCUCGUAGUCUCAUCUGCUGACGCAGCUCAUGACGUCUUGAAAACACACGAUCUUAAGUUUGCCAACCGUCCUAAAACCAAAGCUGUCGAUAUAAUCAUGAACGGUGGGCGAGAUAUUGCUUUUUCAUCCUACGGCGAAUAUUGGAGACAGAUGAAGAGUUUAUGCACUAUCCAUCUCCUCGGUAAGCGAAUGGUCAAGUCCUUUGAGAAAGUAAGAGAAGAGGAGAUAAAGAUAGUUAUAGAGAAGCUUGAGAAAGCAAGUUCUUCUUCUUUGCCGGUAAAUCUAAGCAGGUUACUCCUUAAUAUGUCAAACGAUGUGAUAUGUAGAGUUGCUAUGGGAAGAAAAUAUAGCCGCGAGGAAAACACUAGCAAUUUUGAAAACCAAUUGAGAAAAGUCAUGGAGCUUCUAGGCUCUUUCCCCGUCGGAGAUUAUAUCCCUGGUUUGGCGUGGAUAGAUAAACUCCGCGGUUUGGACCGUAAAAUGGAGGAAGUAAGCAAAACGUUUGUGGAGUUUCUAGAACGAGUGGUGCAAGAACAUGUAGAUGAAGUUGAGAAUAAAGAGACGUUAGAUUUUGUUGAUAUAUUGUUACAAAUUCAAAGAGAGAAGACUAAUGGAUUCGAGCUUGAUAGAAGCGACAUCAGACUCAUCAUUUUGGAUAUUUUCUUAGGAGGAACAACAACAUUUUUCACGGCCAUCGACUGGGCAAUGAUACUUCUCAUAAGACAUCCAGAAUCUAUGAAAAAACUCCAAGAAGAGAUCCGAAUGUAUUCGAGACAUAAGUUAUAUGUAUCAGAAGAAGAAGUUGAGGAUAUGAAAUACCUAAAAGCUGUGAUCAAAGAAGUACUCCGACUACAUCCCCCAGGCCCAUUGUUAAUUCCAAGAGAACUUAGUGAAGAUAUCAAACUAAAGGGAUAUGAUAUUGCGGCUGGCACAAUGGUCUUCAUCAACGCUUGGGCCAUCCAUCGAGACACCGAAGAAUGGGGACAAGAUGCAGAAGACUUUAAGCCAGAAAGGCACUUGGAUCUAUCACUGGACUUUCGCGGACAAGACUUCAAGUUCAUUCCAUUCGGAUCGGGGAGAAGGUUAUGUCCUGCCAUAGAUUUUGCAAUAACGUUAAUUGAGGUGGCCUUGGCAAACUUUGUUCACCGGUUUAACUGGAGAGUCGAGAAUAGACCACUUGGAGAUGAUGAUGAGUACUAUCUAGCUGAAACAACCGGCAUUGAAGUUUGCCGCAAGUACCCUUUGAUUGCCUUUCCAACUUCAAAUUUAUCCACAAAUUAUGGAACAACAACAAAAAUCAAUGUCUCUGGCUAAAACUCAUGUUAGAAAAAACAGAGUUUUUGUCAUCGCUUUUGUGUGAAAUGUAUUGUUGUUUUGGUUCA